UGACGUUUCAGUUCGGAAUUUCCGUGCGUUGGUGUCGCCUGUUUUUUGAUAAUCGUUAUCAAUUACUACCAAUUUUUGUGUUUGUGACUUACUCAGGAGAUAUGCUGAUGUAAAGUCGCCAAAGGAUUGGAAGUGUAUAUUGCGAAACAUGAAUAAUUUGGAAUGAAGUUAUGUGUUUUUGGAUGCCUAAUCAUUUAAAAGCGUGAAGAAUCAAGUGUAAGAAAGUGUUUAUGGGAAGAUAUUAGCAAGAAGUAGAAAAGGUUACAAUAAGAAUCUCAAAAUCUAAAAUACUAUUAAAUUUCGUAAAAAAUGGAGCGAGUAUGGCGAAAAGUGAAUCAGGGCCUUACAAUGAGAUCAUCGUCAACGAAAAAUGCUCAGCCGGUGGCCUCAAGCGCGACAAUGACGACUGGCUGUCUUCCGGUGCCGGGAUUUCAGCACUCAACAGAUACAACGAGCUCGGCCGGAUUUGGAGGCGAAUCACAUGUGGUAGCCGUUCAACAGAGGCGACGAACGAAUCCACCCCAGGGCAGCACGACUGCCUCUUCCGAGAAAAGACGACGAAGGCGGAGACGCAGCCGGCCGAACAGGGAAGGAAACUCCCAAGGUGGAGGCAACGGUGGUCACUCGUCGUCAGCCGGACACCACCAAAAAUCACUCGUCAUCUUCCCGCCGCAGCAACAACCAACUAGGCUUAAUGGCUCAGACAGGCAACGAACAAUCAUUAAGACAACGAGCCGUCGCCCGGCUAAAAAUGUUCAACUUCAAUCUAAACUGGGACCUGCACAUGAACCAGUGCAAACCAUGCGGUCCGAAGAGCGGCAAUAUCAUCACGCGGCGACUUUGCCGUAAUCGCCGUGGUGAGGACAACGAACUGUAUCGCUCCAACAGUUUCAAAUUUGAGCGCUUCGAGCGCAAGGAGCAGGGCGGAACUGGAUCGAGGACACUGCGAAAACAGAUUUCCGUCUGUGAUGACUACAGCUUACCGAUAGACUUUGUCAAAAAGAGACCGUCCAGUUUCGAUCCCUGCCUAGCCGAGCGUUUGCCAGACAAUUGGGCAUCGCCUAGUCCUCAAUCAGAACACGUUUCCUUUUUAGAACCAUUGAACCUACAACAACCCUUGUCAGCAGUUCCGACCAACAGUUUAGGAACGGUAACAGUCGGUAUCGGCACUGGCGUAGGCGUAUUGAGCACCGGUACACUUCAGAGCCAACAUCAGCAUCAACCGCAAUUACCACCCCUGUCUAAUCAUCCACCAUCCAUUCCGACGGGAGCUACCGAAAUUGCCGCAAAUGCAGUAGCAAUUAAAACUGUUGAGGAGAUUUUCAAUACCGCACGCAGCUACAAACGAAGCACUGGCCGAUCCAAACAGCGGCAGCCAAGGCGACCGAAUAGCACUUGUGAGGUGAAAUACAUCAACGAGAAUUUCAGCUCAGUUUCAGGAUCCUCUGCACCCAUAACGUCCGAGGAGGAGGAUAACGACGAAGAAGAAGACGAGCUGAACAAGGUUCCUGAACUCAACUCACCAGAUAGCAUUUCUGAAGAUUUAGUACAUCCCCUUCCGUCGCGCCAAAGUCCUAUUAAGACAACCGGUCCAGACACAGCGAAACGAAAUCCGUCUCCCUAUUACUAUUCGGACUUGUUGAAAAAUAAAGCCCAGCAAGAGCAGCAACACCAAACUGCAGCAGAACAUCAACCAGAGUCAUCUGAAGCUAAAAGAGCAAAUAGUAGAACUUCAUCAACAGGUGCACGCCAACGGGAAGCUGGGCCUAGAUAUAGGAAAAGUAGCAGCUUAGAUACUCCGGGAGCAGAGAAAGAAGUUUGUCUUCCAAAACGCUACUCAAUAACCGAGGAGGGAGUGCGAAUCAUACGCUGUGACUCGCCUUCCACCACUACAUCGGACGAUUCGGAUUGUUCUGAAUGUCGAAAAAGAAGAGAUUGGCAUGCGCAAGCAUUGGCCAUAGUGCGUACAAACUGUAGCCUUCCACCGUCGGUAGAUCCUUCAAUGCCACCACAUCGAAUGCUAGGUCCAGCAGCAGUUUGUGCCUGUGCCACACCCGCAUUCGGCGAGGACAACGAUGAACUCUUCCGACCCCGCAGUAUAUUCUAUGUCCAUCAACCGGGCGCGCAGAACUGUGCCGAUUGUACUCUGAGUGAUAAUUCCGCAAUCGUUAAUGAAGAUAUGACGAGCAUACGGACAAGACAAAUCUACGAAACGGCAUUUGACUCCAAGAUCACUCGAUCGGAUGAUGAUUUGGACGAGGUAGAUCGAGUAACUAAUCAGUCGGUACUUCUGCAGUUGAACAAGAGUAAUAACAGCAGUACUAGCAACAUGGUAUCCAGCCAGAACAAGGAGAACCGAGACCGCAGCAAACGGGGUGAAACCAAGCGGUCGAAAAGUUCAUUAAAAGCGCCUUCAUCGACACAAAUUCAAACUACUGCGGAAAUAGAAAACUCGGCAGAAGCAAACCUUUCCAAAGAUCUGGAAAAACUUCAGAUUGACAAACAACUAGACAAUAUAACCAACGCAAACUCAACGUCUUCCUCUCAACUUCCACUGCGUGGCUACACGCCUUCUCCUCCAUCAACAGCUCCGCUUCCUAUGAAAUUCCCUGGCAAACACGAACGUUUCUUCAUUAACAGCAUAAAAAGUGCGCCGAAUCUUCCUUCUUCUAAUGCAGCGCAGCAUCCGCGAUUGAAAGACCUUCGCCUGGACAUCCAGGCGAUACGGAAUAGUGAAGUUCCUCCUUCCGGCAGUUGUGAUGGUAGUAUUAACGAUUCCUCUUACAAUAGUCCUAAGAGCAAUGAAAGGCCUCGAUCCACGAUGUGUCUAGAACCGGAACGCGUUCUAGAGCUGAAGCGUAACCAUCGGAGUCAUAAGCAACGGGGAAGGAACUAUUCUUCUACAGAGAGUAUGGCGACUUCUAGCAGUGGAGGCAGCAUGGAAUCACUGAAAUCUAGUACGAGUGAGGGAAACCGCAGCACUUCCAGCUCUGAUUCACGCCACUCGUCGUCACUCAGUUCACAUAGCUCCGAUUCGGGGCCGUCAGUUGCCUUCCCUUUGCGAGCUCCCGUAGUUGUCCACAACAAGUUGAACAUUCUGAGUCCCAUUUCCGAUAAGUCUUCCCAAGAGCCUGGUUCGGAGACUUCGGACAUCAAUAGAAACAACUCACAGAAACAAUCGCCAGACGAAACUAUUACCACUGGAGCAAUAUCCAAGAAGGAGAAUGAGGAAAACGAGGCUGUGAAAAUAAUCGUACCUAAAGUAAGGCGACCGGCACCCAAUAAGGCUCUUCUGUUGAUAACGGGUCCAGAAAUACAAGGUUCGGACAGUGGUAUUUCCCUUCAUUCCCGAGAAGAUGUAAAAUCUCGAACGAAUUUUCUCAACUUGGGUAUUCAACGAGCAUCUCUGGGACUGGAAAAGUCAGAUCACGGAAAGUCAGCGGUGACCCAAGAUUUCAGCGAUCUUCCAUUCGAUAUGCCAAAAUUGAGGCGACGACGAGCUCAUAUGCAACAGGAGCCAUGCACAUCCGGAAGCGUAACAUCGAUGGACGUUGGUGACGUUCCUUUCGAUAUGCCAAAACUUCGACGGCGGCUUCGGUUGUCCCAAAAUCAGACUCAAAUAGCAAUUCCCUCCACAUCCGGUAUUCUGCUGCAAACCAGCACGGAGUCCAGCGGCCUAUCGCACGCAUCUUCAAGCCUAUCAAUGCGAGAUUCCGACAACAAAACGGCAAUCGCUGGAGGAUUCUACAAGCAAAGUCUAACGCUGAACUUGAAUGAGUGCAAUGCAAAGCCGGUUAAAAAAUUCGGAACUCUUGAUCUUGGUCUCAACUUCAACACGAUUAGAGCGAACAUUGAGCUGAUUGAUGCUACCAUCCCGCUGGAUCGACAAGGGUGGUACCACGGAUCGAUAAGCCGAAUAGAUGCUGAAAAGAUCUUACGACCGUUGGGAGAGGGCAGUUUUCUGGUCCGCAACAGCGAGUCUACACGGCAGGACUAUUCGCUCACCUUGAAAAGUGCAAAAGGAUUCAUGCACAUGCGAAUACAGCGUGACCAUGAAACGGGUCAGUUCAUCCUUGGCCAGUUCAGUCGACCUUUUCCAACCAUACCGGACAUGAUUCGACACUUUUGUCUGAACCGGCUGCCGGUUCGUGGAGCUGAGCAUAUGUGCCUCCUGGAACCGGUCAUUGCACAGAUUCUGUAGAUUGCUGUUUUACAGCUCGAUGUCACCAGAGAGCAUCGUUUAAACGUAGAGAUGUUUAGCCAAACACACACACACUGAUCACAAACAAGUAGAAUUUUGGUAGAUUUGCAAGAGUUUGAAAUCCUAUGCAUUAGGGAUGUGACUUAAGUUCCAAAUGUGAAUAGUGUGAAAAUGAAAACAUUUGGAAAGUAAGACUCGUCCAACAAAACCUGCAAAAGUCUGUUCUUUUCUAUUAGUAUUGUGAAAAGGCAAUGUAAGUUGUUCAAGGUAGAAACAUGGAUCCGAUUGAAUAAAACCAAAGCUGGGAUCAAUUUAAGUUCCUUACCGCCCUGAAACGUUCGAUUCCGUUUCUUAUGUGUACUAUUUUGAAUUGUGACAAUAAAUGUUUCUUUUAUCAUAAAGAGCACAUUGUAUAGAACAGAAGGGAAGCAUUAAACGGACCGCAUCUGGAGAUAGCGUUAAGAAAUCGUCAAUAAGAAACGUUACGCUACCGGCUGAAUAAUCGUAAUUUUGUGAUAAAACCGACUUUGUUGAACUCUUACCCGGUAAUCAGUACGAAUCUUGAUUCUGAGUUUCAAAACAUUCAUGUAAGUUGCACAAUUAUGGUUUCACUAGUUGAGCAUUGUUACCCAAAGAAAGGUCAAAACUGAAGUAAGAACAGCUGGAAUAGAAUUGCCAAAAUAGGACUGUGAAAUGGGAGUGUUUGCAAUUUUAUAUAUUUAAAUUAGUCAAAACAAAAAAACAGCGCAAUAGAAACAGAAGUCAAGACAGGUACAGGAGCAAACCUUAAAAUGCAUCAGCAUCAACAGGAACAAGAAGUCAGUAGAAAUUCAGUUAAUCGGAUCGAAACACCAAAAAACUUGUUUUUAAUACAAUGCACUAUUUAAUUUUGCAUUUCUGAAACGAUAUUUAACAGAAGCCAAAAACAUUUUCAGCACUUGAAGAUACAGUUUAUAGAUAUAAGUUUAUGAAAAUAAUAUGUAAACCUGUAUUUAUCCAACUGAUGAACAACUUGGAAUGCAUUUCGACAGCUGUAUAGAGUGUAGAAUAGUGGUUUGAUUACCUCGUCUUGCAUCAGAUACCAUAUAAAGAAAAAAAAAGUUUUUCGGUGGACGAUCGAGUCGAUGCUAUUAAAUUUGAAAACAAGAAAAUACACAAAACACACAUAUUAAAACAGAUCACGUAGUGAUGGAAAAUAAACAUUAUUGAAAUGGAAAAUAUAUUGAAAAACA